CCCCUUUAAUCGCGUGGUUUCUCUCGUAGGCUUUGCUCUCACUUGCACAUUUGCGAUCAGUCGUUUCUUUCUAUCGGAACUCUACUGUGCUUCUCCAAGCUCGCACCUGAGCUGACUGUAGUUGUUUUACUUUCUCUAUUUACAGUAACGGACAAAAGCUAUCAAAAUAGGAAGAUCUUCCACGUUUGCCUUUAUUACGAUCAAAAUGAAGAAACGUGGAAUAAAGCGCUCGAAUACUGAGUGGUAGAAGAAGCCAAGGACCGAAGCAACCUGUCUUUAAGCCCAUCAAGUGUCUGCGGGAGCAGAGGUCAAAUGGCAAAGUGGCUCAAAGACUAUCUGAGUUUUGGGAGCAGGAGGAUGCCUCCUCAACCACCCAAACCAGACUACACAGAGAGUGAGAUUCUGAAAGCCUAUCGGGCUCAGAAGAACCUAGACUUUGAGGACCCGUACGAGAACUCUGAGAACCGGGACAGAAACGACUCUGGGUCAUCAGACACUUCCCUUGCUGCCUUUGGUUCUCCUCUGAAGUCCGCCAGCCUGGAUAUGAAGGUUGUAUCUCCCAAACACCGCCUCAUCAAGGUGGACUCACAGGAGCUGGGGCGAACUAAGAUCUUACUGAGUGCUGUCUCCUUAGAGGAACAAGAGCCUGUAGUUCCAUCAGCCCCAGCAGUAGGGGACACAGAUUACUCUGAUCCGUUUGAUGCUCACCCAAACCCCUGGCCAGAGCCUGAUCUGGGACACGUUCCCUGUGAGAACAACGGCUACAUGGAGCCUUACGAGGCCCAACGUGUCAUCACAGAGUUGCAGCGUGGCCCUGGGGCAGCCCUUGCACGGGGCGAGGUGCAGCUCUACGACACCCCCUAUGAGGAUGAACGCGGGCGGCCGUUGGGGGUGGGGCUGGGGUACGGAGACCUCCUGGAGGAGGGCAGGGAGAGCCGGCUGCCGCAGGAUGACGAGCGGCCAGCAGAUGAAUACGAUCAGCCCUGGGAGUGGAAGAAAGACAACAUCUCUAAAGCCUUCGCAGUACAGUUUGAUGGUGCCGAGUGGGACCGGUCCUCGUCCCCCACGGAGCGCCUGCGUCCUCCCAGGUCCAGUCCCCUGGCAGGAGGGGGUAUGAAGUUCCGGAUGCCCUGCUCUGACCCCCACAACAUGAUGGGGGAGAGAGUAGACCCCACCCUGCCCCUGGAGAAACAAGUGUGGUACCACGGGGCCCUAUCACGUUCAGAGGCGGAGUCUCUUCUGACCCUGUGUAAGGAGUGUAGCUACCUGGUGAGGAACAGCCAGACCAGCCGCAACGACUACUCCCUCUCACUACGGAUACUUGCUGCCAUCUCCACUGAUCUUUUAUCUCACUAUAUGUAGGCCUCAAUCUGUCUCUCUUCCUCUCCUCCUUCCCCUACUCCUCUCUCUUCUUCUCCCUCACAUCCACCGAAGAUCAUUGACACACUGAUUUUCCUUUCAAUACUUUUUCAAGCUGCAUACUGCAUAUCUGGACAAAUCUCUUCUCUCUAAUUACUAGCUUGAUCUAUAACCUUUUUUCUAUCGCUGUCCCCCUGUCCUCCCUCCCUUCCUCUGUCCCUCCCCACGGUCCUUCUCUCUCUCUCUCUCUCUCUCUCUCUCUCUCUCUCUCUCUCUCUCUCUCUCUCUCUCUGAGAGGUAAUCAGGCAGGGAGAGCACACUCCAGCUCUCACAUCAGCCACUCUCACAUCAGCCACUCUCACAUCAGCCGUUCUCACUUCAGUAAUGAAUAUGAAUCACCUUCGGUGGGCCACACACAGGUGCACGUGAGUGAGUGGACACGUACACUCACACUCUCUCACACACAGAUGUUAACAGUGGAAACGCACAGGAUGGCAUUGUGUGAAGAGACAAAGCGACAGUAUGUGGUCUCACAAUAGGAGGUACCAGGGGUCUAUGAGAAGAAGCGGUUUGAUCUUUUCUCUGAAUCGUUGUGAGGGAGACAGAGGUAGUAAAAGGGAGAUAACCAGUAGAGCAGGGUUCCUCAACUGGUGCCCCCACUCCCGCAAUUUUUGGAAUCUGUUCCCUAGUAUUUGCACACGUAAUAGAGAGACACGUGAUUGUAUACAAACCUAAGCAAAGUUUGAAAUUGUGUUUUAGUCAAAUAAAUAUGUUUGUGCAAAUUGACCACAAGAAACAGUCUACAAAUGAUUUGUAAUUAUGUUCCAGCCACCCGACCAUUCGCUCCAAGAAUUGGCCCACUGUUGAAUCUAGUUGAUGAUACCUGGUGCAGAGAGUAAUUCGGCUUGGAAACAGACUGACAGACAGCCCAGCGUCACACCAAUAUGAAUGUAGAUCAGACAAACAAUGUCUCUUCGAGAGAUUUUACUCAGUGACCUGUGGCUAUUUAAUAAAAAAACAUACCUUUCAUUCCUUGAUGUGCACUAAAGUACAUUAAGGUUGAACCAAAAGAUUGAAAUGAAUUAUGAAAUGAAAAAAGAAAUCAUUAUGUGAAAUUGAAUGAAACAAUGUUUGCUGAUGCUAAUAUGAUGUACAAUAUUCCAUUAUGUUUCUAUAUGAUAACAAUAGCGUAAUAUAUUUAAUAUGCCAUAUACUAUUUUUUAAGUUUCACUAAUUAAUUCAAAUGAACUGAAUCAUUGACACACCCCUCACUAUUGUCAUUGGUUGCACUAAUUGCACUAUUUGUCUACAUAACCUGGUUCAAUUAUUCAUGACAUUACCCUGAGGGCGGCACAUUGAUGCCGAAACGUUGGUAAAUACCCAUUAAAUUGCUGGAGUGUGCAAUUUUCUUUAUUUUGAUAGUUACACUAAAGUACACACACAAAAUAGUGCUAGCAGUUUAGCGAUGCUGGUUCUGUUUGUUUGUUGUUGUUGUUGUGAAGAACAACAGACUUCCCUGGUCUUUAAUGUUGAUUUUGCUAACUGUAAUAAUGACUAAAUGUAGCUCCCCAAUUAGAGCCCUUGUCUUUCCCUCUGCUUCUGUAAUUAGACAUCCAUCACGAUGGGCUGGUUGCUCUUAAAGGGGAGGUGCAGCUCUGCUCUACCGCUAGUACUGUAUCGCCCCCCACCCCCUCCCUCAUCCCUUCAUUUCUUUGUCUUUCUUUUUUGUCUUUUCUCUCACAUGCCAUUAGAUCACUCAUUUAUACUGUAUCACUCCCCCAGUCCCUCUCUGCUUUCUAGUCAUACAUUAUGAUAUGGUGUUAAAUCUUGGUGAGAAAUACCUCGUAAAAUGCCAGAAAUAUGUAGGCUGUAUUUCAGCCCUGUCCCUUCCACUGUGUCAUUAUGUGAUGUGAUGUGGUCCAUGACUCUUCCGUGCUCUGCCUACGCUGUCUU